UCCCCUCCCUAGCCCCGUGAGGGCCCUAUGGAUACAGUGCCCAGCUUGGCGGCGUCUGCGCAGGCUCCGGACUCCUGACACAGCGAGGAAGAGGUGGGCAGAAAGGAAGUGUUUUCAAUUUCGGACGCGAGUUGAUGCUUUUUGUCCCGUCGGAAGCCCCGUCGCGUGGCUGUUGCUCCAGGGCCGCUGAAGCCACGUGAUUGUAUCACGGGCCAGAGAGGGAGCGGUCACAUGAUGCGACGCCCCGGGAGCGGCCCGGACUAAUCGGCUGUCAAGACAGAGAUGGAGGCUACCCUGGAGCAGCACCUCGAGGACACGAUGAAGAACCCGUCCAUCGUCGGCGUCCUGUGUACGGACUCGCAGGGACUGAACCUGGGCUGCCGUGGAACCCUGUCAGAUGAACAUGCCGGGGUGAUCUCUGUCCUAGCCCAACAAGCAGCUAAACUAACCUCUGACCCAACAGACAUUCCUGUGGUCUGUCUAGAGUCAGACAAUGGGAAUAUAAUGAUCCAGAAACAUGAUGGCAUCACCGUGGCAGUGCAUAAAAUGGCAUCUUGACCUCUCAGACCUAAGUCUCCAAACAGUUGUAGAACUCAAACCAAUCUUUCCAUCUCAUUUCUCUUAUCCUGCUCCACGUUUAAGUGCUAGUAUCAGGCCAGCUAUUAAAUGUAAUACUUGCUUUUUUCCUGUUUAUUAUUUUAAAGUUGCCUUUGGUAAGCACUUAGUGAGAAAGGGUAAUAAGGUUUUAAGGCACCUGUCAAAAUCAGGUUCUUCUGUAUCGCUGGACUUUGGGUAUGGUCAAUAAAUAUAGCUGGAGAAAAGCA